AUGGACUUCUCAGUGAUUGCUAUUGAAGAUGUACAAAAUGUGCUUUUGGCUAUGCAGAAGAAUUUGGAGUGCCCAAUAUGCUUGGAUGUGGUACAAGAACCAGUUUCGACAAAAUGUGAUCACAUAUUCUGCAGGUUCUGCAUGUUCAAACUCCUCAGCAAAAAGAAAAAAGGUGUGGUAGAGUGUCCGCUGUGUAAGACUGAAGUUACCAAGAGAAGUCUGAAAGAAAAUUCCAGAUUUAAGCAACUAAUUGAAGGAUUGUUGGAAACUAUCCGUGCAUUUGAGCUUGACACUGGAGUAAAGUUUUUAAACAGUCAUCACUUUCCAAAAACAUCCACAGAAGCCACUGCUGCUGAGUUCCUGUGUAAAGAAAGUUCUGUCAUCCAAAGUAAGGGCUUCAGAAACAGGAAAAAAAGUGCUAAAGAAAAUGGACAAGAAAACUGCACCUUGGGAGCUAAUGUGGAUGCACAGCUUACCAGGGUCAAAAAGCGUCCCCGAAGAAACAAAACCCAGAAAUGUGACUCUGAAAAAGGAAUUUAUAUAGAGUUUGGCUCCGAUUCAUCUGAAGAGCUUUUUAAACAGGCAAGCAAUACUGGGUUAGAAGACAAAGAAGCGCUUCCAAUUUCAUCUCAAGAAAAGCUAGAAGAACUUAAGACUGCUGAGAAGUGGAAUGAAUAUUCUUGCAAUACACAGCCUGGCAAGCUGGCUGCUAAGGAAAUAAUUCCACCAAAUGUCAUAGGUGAGAGUGAUUUCUUGAAAGAAGGCUUGGGCAAGAAAAGCACUCGGAGCAUCACUGAAUGUGCCAAACCUGGCCAAGUCAAUAUCACUGAAUACCAGAGUUCUCCUUCAAAUGUUCUUGCUGUAGACCUACUCACAGAGCAGUGUGACAGAAUAGGUAAUGCCAGUCCCUUAAGGAAUGGGGACACUUUCUUUAAUGACACAGAAGAAAUGGAUGCAGAGCAAACUCAAUGCAAUAGUAAAAGCAAGGAGUUUGACUUAAAAGAUAGCUCAGAGAGCAGGCUGGAUAAAAGCAAGGAAAUAGAUACUGUUGGACAAAGUGUGGAAGCUGUGGAAAUGUAUGAACCUGAGGAUGAUUCUUUCCAUGAAAAAGAAUUUCCUCCGGAGAAACUGCUUCAACCAGAGACACCUCACUGUGCUACCCUGAAUCAAGUCUCUAGGAAGAGACUGAAGCGAAGCAUUCAGAAGGUCAAUGAAUGGUUUUCAAAAAGCAAUGAGAUUCUGUCUUCCAAUUCUUCCCAGGAUGAUUCUGCUGAGGCAACUGACAUUUCAGGUGAAGGAGAUACAUGUUUAUCAGAUAAAGAUUCCUCUAUUUCAGAAAAGACUGACCCUAUGGUAGAGUCCAUGGAAGUUGCAGUGGUUGAAGGAAACAAGAGAUGGUCAAAACGAACAGCAGAUAGCAUCAAAGACAAAAUAUUUGGGAAAACAUACAAGAGAGAGAGGAAGUCAAAUGCCCCUAUUAUCUUGAGAGAUGUUUUACCUACUACAAAAAAGGAAGAUGUGACUGCUGAUAAGUGCUUGAAUAAUUCCAUCAAAGAUGGACUAAAAAGAAAGAGGAAGACUGCCCAUAUCCUGCAACCUGAGGAUUUCAUCAAGAAAAAAGAUAUAGCAGAGGCAGAUGGGUGCCCUCAAAGCGUUAACCGCCUUGGAGAUGCUGAAAAGAAAAGAUGUGAUGAAAGUUCUGCUGUUAAUGAGAGCCACCUUUCUGAGAAUAGAGAGGAUAAUACACUAGCAGAACUUGAGGGAGGAGGAGGAUCCAUACGGAAAAAAGCUACUGAAAAGGUGACUGGCAAGCACUGUGAUGAGGAGCUAGAACUGAGUAACUGUGAUCAGAAAAGCACUAAAAGAAGAGGUUCUGCAGCAAAAAGAUGCAGGUGUUCUACUAGAACCAUGUGUGCUCUACAGUUAGUAGUGGAUAGAAACUCUGUUUCCCCUGAUCCAGCUGAGCCACAGAUUGAUAGCUAUCCAAGCAGUGAAGAACCAAGGAAAGUUGAUUCUGAGCAAAGACAAGUCAGGCGCAGCAGGAGGCUUCAGUUACUUUCUGAAGAAAUGACAAAAGAAACAGGAAAAGGAGUAGUAACUAAGGGAGCAAAAAAGUAUGACAGUGAUCAUGAAGGGUCUUUCUAUGGAGUCCAAAGGAAUGUGUUAGUUCAUGCUUCUGAAUGCAAAGACCUGUGUGAGCCCCAGAGUACGCCGAGUUACAAGCCACUAACUAAUCCGAAGGGUGGUGGUCUGGAAGCAAAUGAAACACAGAUUAAUCUCAAGAAUUCAUCUGACACUGCAGAAACUGGGAAAAGUCUCUUCGAUCCUACAUCUUCAUGUCAGCAUUCAAAUGGUAGUUCUUUUGCACCUGAUGCAGGUUCUCAAGAAGGUGACAUACAAGGUAGCCCUUUCGUCCUACAGUCUGGUUCAGGGACUGUUGUGCAAAGCACUUGCUGCCCAGCUGAAGAGAUGACUGAAUCACAUACUACUUUUCCCCAGGAUAAUGGACAUAAUGCACAAAAUGUUCCAGGGGACUCAAAAACUGAAAAGUUACCAGUAACUAAAGAUGUUUCAGAAUUGACCAAGGAAGCUGAAGAUAGUGAGUUAGACACACAGUAUCUGCGAAAUAUAUUUAGGCAUUCCAAACGCCUGUCAUUUAGCCUUUAUCCUACUCCUGUGAAAGCACGUGCAGCAGAAGAUGCUGCUUCUGGAACUUUAAAGAUAUCACGUGCUGAUCAGGUAGAAAAUAAGCAUAGCAAAUACUUAAAACCAGAAAACUUGCAAGAAGAGAAAACAACUGCUGAAAGCUUGAGUACAGUUUGUGAGAAAGAUAAGCUUAAGACUUAUGAACCUGCUUGUGUAAGUCCUGUGACUUGCUUUGUCGACGACACUGAAUGUAUGCAUGCAGGGGAAUGUCAAGAAGAUGUUUCAGCAGUUGCAAAUCAAGGGACUCUGACACCAUUAAGAAUGGGUUCUGCUAGGACUGAAGACAAAAACAGAUUGCAAAGUGGAGAGCAGGGAAGUGAAAAGACAGUGUCAACUGACAUAAGCGUAGAAAGUGAGUUGAGGCAGAAUCUAAUCAAAAGUAAUAGAAGCCAAAGUGAUCACAGCAAUACAGAAGAGCACAUUUUCAUAAAAACUGAUUUAAAUGCAGUCAAUGAAAUAUGCUUCAGUUCAGAAAACAAUCAAGCAGGACAGGCCAAAGUUGUUGAUGGCAAACUGCAUUUGCAGUCCAGAUCAAUGAGAAAAACAGAAAGAAAACAAGUAAAGGGGAAUGAAGAACAAGCAACCCAAACUGCUAGCACAGGGAUGCCUGAGUGUUUAGUUACAGAGGCUCUGAAAGAACCUCUUAAAGGGAAUAGUGAUUUUACAGGUUUUUCUGAAACCCCAGAUGGCUUGCUGUGCUCUGAUGAUGAUAUUGAAGAGAACACCAGCUUUUCUGAAACUGAUAAGAGAGAGAAAUCUGCUGUGUUUGUAAAAAGAGGUGACAAUGCCCUGGUAAAAGAACUAAACAAUAGAAAUGUUAGCUCUAAGCCAAGAUCUCAAGGUAUUCAAAGAUCUCGAAGAAGAGUGCGGAAACUGCAAUCUUCAGAUGAAGAAUCUAGUGAGGAUGAAGAUUUACCAUGCUUUCAGACAUUAUUAUUUGGCAAAUCAGUAAGCACACCUUUGCAGAUCAAUAAACAAGUGACAUCUGUGGUAGAGUCUUCAGUAAGUCCCAUCACAUUGCCUCACAAUGGAAGUCAUGAUGAGAAUAUGCAGAAAAUGCCUGAAACUGCCCAAAAUAAUGGGCGUGUUUCACCAAGCCAGGAGUCAGAAUGCUCUGUCAACUUAUUUUCUUCUCAGUCCAACAUGUCUGAUGAAUCAGUUGAUGGAGCACAAGAGCUGAAGAAACCUUUAGUACAAGUUCAUGCAUCCAAACAAGUGCACAAUGUGAAUGAGAGGAAAGAAACUUUUCAAAGUUGUAAUGGAGGGCUGAAGAGAAGCAAAACAAACUUCAAAGAUGAAUGCCAAGAAGACCCAAACAGGGGAACAAACCUAGGUGAAGCAUCUGGAUAUGACAGUGAAACAAGUAUUGUAGAAGAUUCAUGUGGACCAUUCUCUCAGGAUGAAAUCCUUACCACACAGCAGAAGAAUGCUAUGCAAAGUAACCUAAAAAAGCUUCAGCAAGAAAUGGCUGUACUUGAAGCAGUUCUAAAGCAGCAUGGAAGCCAGGACUGUGAAUUUUUACCUAUCCAUAGGAAACUGCCACCUUCCAGUAGUGAAGGAACAUUUGGAAUGGAACAAAUGAGACAAAGAGAAAAUGCAGAUGAGCAGAAAUCUGGAACCAGGCUAAACAGCGCAUCUGUCUUAUCAAAUCUCUCUGGAAACGUGACCAAGAGUACAAAUAACUCUUCUUCCUCUGUGAGGCUUUUUAACCCUCGAACUGCAGAAGCAGCAAAUAAUUCUGUUGUGGCUCAGAAUGCUAAUAAAAGAUGUACUCAAGAACGUAAAUCGAAGGGAAGCGCAUGUUUUCCUGUAUCUGUUCUGCACAAUGCAGCUGGGAAAGAAAAUGCUACAAGUUCAGCUGUGAUUAACAGGAAAGAAAUGUCAAUUGUGGCAUCAGGUCUGAAUCAAAGUGAACAUUUGAUGGUCCAGAAGUUUGCAAGAAAAACUCAGAGCACUUUAUCUAAUCAUAUUACUAAAGGAACAACCCAUGUCAUAAUGAAAACAGAUGAGGAGCUGGUGUGUGAACGGACACUGAAGUACUUUCUGGGUAUUGCAGGAAGAAAAUGGGUAGUUAGUUAUCAGUGGGUAGUUCAGUCCUUUAAAGAAGGAAGAAUACUGGAUGAGGAGAACUUUGAAGUUAGAGGAGAUGUAAUCAAUGGGAGAAACCACCAAGGUCCGAAGAGGGCUAGACAGUCUCUGACUGAAAAGAUCUUUAAAGACUUUGAGAUCUGUUGCUAUGGACCUUUCACUGAUAUGACUACAGAACAUCUAGAAUGGAUGGUGGAGCUUUGUGGUGCCUCUGUAGUGAAGCAACUUCAUCUGUUCACACACACAACAAAUUCUACUGCUGUCGUGGUUGUGCAGCCAGAUGCUUGGAUGGAAAACACAGAUUAUAGAGCAAUCCAGCAAAAGAACAAUGUUGCCAUGGUGACUCGAGAGUGGGUAUUGGACAGUGUUGCUUGCUAUGAGUGCCAGGAAUUUGAUGCUUACCUUGUGUCCUAA